UAUCCCGCACCGGAUGACUGGCCGGUUGUGAGCGUGGUUUCUAUUUUUUUUAUAUUUUGAUAAAAUACACAAAUAACUUCUAAAAUGAAGGGCGAUAAAAACGUAGAUAUUCAAGCUCUUAAAGACAUCGCCAACAAGCUAAGAAUUGACAGCAUUGUCGCUACAAAUGCUUCCAAAUCUGGACAUCCCACAUCAUGCGCUUCCAUGGCGGAGAUCAUGUCUGUGCUGUUCUUCCACACCAUGAAGUACAAAAUCUCUGCGCCCAAGGAUCCAUCGGCAGACAGAUUUGUCCUCUCGAAGGGUCACGCCGCUCCAAUCCUCUACGCAGCAUGGGCUGAAGCCGGUCUAUUCCCCGUUGAUGAGUUAAAGAACCUUCGUAAACUCGACUCUGACCUUGAAGGCCACCCGACCCCCAGACUUAACUUUGUAGAUGUGGGCACUGGCUCAUUGGGACAGGGUCUAGCUGUUGCUGCCGGUAUGGCAUACGUCGGAAAAUACUUCGACCAAACACCUUACAGAGUUUACUGUUUGGUGGGUGAUGGCGAGGCAGCCGAAGGUAGCAUCUGGGAGUCCCUGCACUUCGCCAGCCACUACAAACUGGACAACCUGGUGGUCAUCUUCGACGUCAACCGUCUCGGCCAGUCUGAGCCCACGUCUUUGCAACAUCAGUUGAACGUAUACGACGCUCGCCUCAAGGCGUUCGGCCUCCACUCGCUCGUGGUCGACGGUCAUGACGUCAGCGAAUUGGUCAAAGCUUUCGACGAGGCAGCCAACACCAGUGGCAGGCCCACCGCAAUUGUUGCCAAGACCUUCAAAGGACGGGGCUUCCCUGGUAUCGAGGAUCUGGACAACUGGCACGGAAAGGCUUUGGGUGCUGAGGGAGAGAAGAUUAUUAAGGUUCUACAGUCUCAAAUCAAGAACAACACAGUAACGUUAAAACCCAAGCCGCCAACGGCCGAAGCCCCUAAAGUCCACAUCGGCGACAUCACCCUCUCAUCACCGCCGUCGUACAAGCCCGGGGAGCAGGUUGCUACCAGGUUGGCCUACGGUACCGCCCUUAAGAAGAUCGCUGAUACCAACUUGCGUGUGAUCGCAAUGGACGGUGAUACCAAGAACUCUACGUUCAGUGACAAGCUACGUAACGCAUACCCUGAGAGGUACAUCGAGUGCUUCAUCGCUGAGCAGAACCUGGUAGGCGUGGCCACCGGUGUCGCGUGCAGGGACCGCGCGGUCGUCUUCGCUUCCACCUUCGCAGCUUUCUUCACCAGGACUUUUGAUCAGAUCCGUAUGGGCGCCAUCAGCCAGUCGAACAUCAACUUGGCCGGGUCGCAUUGUGGUGUAAGCAUCGGAGAAGAUGGACCCUCGCAGAUGGGACUCGAGGACUUGGCACUGUUCCGCUCCGUGCCCACCGCCACUGUUUUCUACCCCUCUGACGCAGUAUCAACGGAGCGCGCAGUGGAGCUGGCGGCCAACACGAAAGGCAUCUGCUACAUCCGCACCUCGCGGCCCAACACACCCAUACUGUACCCCAAUGACGAACAGUUCAAGGUUGGUCAAGCUAAGAUUAUUCGUGAAUCUCCAAAAGACCGCGUGCUGCUUAUUGGCGCCGGCGUCACGCUCCACGAGGCGGUAGCUGCCGCGGACAAGCUCAAGGCAGAAGGCGUGGAGGCACGUGUUCUCGAUCCAUUCACAAUCAAGCCGCUGGACGAGGAGGCGGUCGUGAAGCACGCGCGUGCCGUCGGCGGGAACGUGGUCGUUGUCGAAGACCACUAUCAAGCCGGUGGUGUCGGCGAGGCGGUGCUGUCAGCGGUGGCUCUAGUACGCGACAUCGCCGUGAAACAUGUAUACGUACGUGAAGUGCCGCGCUCUGGUCCGCCCGCGGUGCUGCUCGACAAGUACGGCAUCUCCGCGCCGCACAUCGUAGCCGCUGCAAAAGCUGUGCUCAAGGCUUGAGACGGUGUGUUCUACUUCCUCAAUUAUACGUCAUGAUCAUAUCUCCUACUAUAUAUAAAGGUUGGAGUCGAAAUUAUUAGCAUGCUUUUAAGGGAGUGUUCUAAUGCAAUUUACCAGAGGAGAAGUCUACAAAAGUCGUUUCUUUGAGUAACUCUGUCCCAUUCGUGUUUCUGCCGUGAAGCAGUUGUUUUUACAUGACUGUCUUUUGCUUUAUGGGGUGGGAUAUGAUACAGGUAAAAAUACAUAUAUAUACAGUAAAAAUACAGGGUACAGAGGCAUGUUAAACCUUAGUCCUCAAAAAUAGUAACGCAUGGGGGGUAUCAUGGAUGAAACCAAAAUACUUUGUUAUAUCCAUAGUACUGUUCAUGUCUAUAAAUGACAGAGCUCACUUUCCAUCAGGUGGACUGUCAGCUUGUUUACCAUUCUAAGUAGCAUAAAAAACACGAAAAAAGUAACUGUUUCUCAAUGAAAAAUGGAUGGAAAAUAAAUUGAAUUUUAACCUUACAUAUGAGUAUGGGAGAUUCAAUCUUUUUUUGUCGUUAUGCAACCCAUUUCUUUAGUAAAAAUCUUCAAUUUCAAUAGCAGUACUCAUCCUUAAAAGAAUGCUUAUGACUUUGUUUCAUCUUAUCUAUAAAUAUUUUUUUUUUAAUGUUAAAAAACUAAAUAAGAUUACGUUGUCAUAUGUAUAUGAUAUAUCUACUUAAAACUAUCACUAACUGCACUAUAAUUAUGACUAAUAAAAACCAAUGGAUCUAGAACCCUGAAGUACUACAGGAAUUCCUUAUGUAACCUUCGUGAACGCUAUGAGAGAAUAGUUCAAAAGUCGUCCUCUAAGUUGGUAAAAUAGGAAAUGAAAGUUCAUACAUUGAUUAUGAGAACUUUAAAAAUUUCAUUAAACAUUUUGUAGUUCUAUAAAAUGAUAUUGUUAACGCGCUGUUCUUUAAUCUAAGGAAGAUACAAUAUUUUAACAGAAGAUAUUCGUAUUUGAACUAAACACUAGUAGAUACAUAGAUUAUAGAUAUAAUAUGCAUUGUACUAUGAAAAUUAGACAUGUAGCAAUUAAAAAAGACAAAAAAAUACAACCAAGCCUUAGUAACAUAGUGUCUUAGGGAAGACGACUUAUUAGUAACAUUUUGCGAUGAAUUGCUUUAUUCACUGCAAAAAGAACAGUUGCGUUCAUAUUUAAGAUUUUAUGCAAAUUAUUGAUUCCAACCAUAGAUUUGCGUCGUUAAAUCUCUAUGAUAAUACGGUAUAGAUCCAAAAAUAAUCUAUGGUAUGUUAAAAAAAAUAGUUCCUAAGCAUCAAUUUUCUAUGUAUUGAUAAGGUUGUUAUUACACUUAGAAAAGAGCUAUAUAAUUUUUUAUAAGUAUCUUAUAACGUUUAUAAGUGCCUUUUUAAUUGAACGCACAAGGUUAUUUAGACUGAUGGCAAAUUUCUGAAAGUUUUGAUGGAUUAGUAUGUAAGGAUACUAUGUUAUAUUAAGAUUUCGCUUUGAUUUGAAAUCAUGUUUAUCUAUUGGAUUUGUAACUACUGCAUUUGUUGGGACCAGAGCAUAGUUAUUUUGUUUGCACCAUAUCAUUUUGGAUAUGAUUGACAGCUUCGAUAUAUAUUUUAAAUUUAAUUGCAGUACUUUGCAAAUAUUCGACAUAAUUUCCACUCUUAAUGAAAAACUGACGGAACAAAAUUGGCUAUUUUAGUGAACAGCCACCUAAAAAGACAUAAAGAAUAAAAGUCUCCCUUUUUUAGGACAAUAUAUUAACUAAAAAAUCAGGACGUGUUUUUUCUUAACCAUGUUAUAAAAUCUAUUCUUUUUAGAAGGGUAGUUCACGAAAACCUUUUUUCUAUAAUUUUGUAUUAGUUCCAUAUAAUAAGAGUGGAUUUAUGUUUUAAUGGUCCAGCCACAUAUUGGACUAUACGUUGGAUUCAAUCUUGGCGUCAAAUUAUCAUUUUUAUUUUUUUUAAUAUCCAAUGUUUGUCCAAGGUUAAUCCAUAAGUGUGUGUAAUGGCUCCAAAAUUUCGAAAUAUACGUCCAAUAUGAGGCCACGGCAUAAGAUAAAGGCUUCCUCUUAUUGUUUAUAAAUAAGACACUUUAUGAUUCGGUUAAUGUUUAAUUGGGACAUUUUACAUUCCUGUUGAUCGCAUUUUUCACAUUAUAUUAUUUCUCAGAAAGAUUUUCUUUAAUAAAGUUUUUUUUAUAAAUACA